AUGGACAACUCUCAAGCUCCAGAGAGGAUUGUUAUUGACCAUGAAGAGACCAAGCUCUCUGCCCAGCAAAAACCCUCUAAGGGUGGCUGGAGGUCAGCCAUUUUCGUCAUAUUUGUGGAAGUGGCAGAGAGAUUCUCAUACUAUGGAGUGUCGGGGAACCUCAUCACCUACCUCACUAUUGUUCUUGGUCAACCCACUGCCACGGCUGCCAAGAACGUGAAUAUGUGGGCUGGUGUGUCUAUGGUUUCUCCCAUACUUGGAGCCAUCGUGGCCGAUUCCUACCUGGGUCGAUUCAAGACUAUUAUCAUAUCUUCCAUCAUUUAUUUUAUGGGAGUGCUUCUGCUAACGCUAUCAGUAUCAGUGGCUUCCCUGCGCCACCAUCAAUCAAUCUUCUUCCUAGCACUUUACAUUAUAUCCAUCGGCGAGGGCGGCCACAAGCCAUGCGUCCAGGCCUUCGCCGCCGACCAAUUCAACGAUGACGUGCCACAGGAGAAGGCCGCCAAGAGCUCAUUCUUCAACUGGUGGUACGCCGGCAUCGUCUCCGGCGCGUCCGUCUCGUUGCUCUUUGUAGUCUACGUUCAAGACUCCAUCAGCUGGGGCACGGCAUACGCAAUCCUGGCGGCCGCAGUGGCCGCCGCUCUAGGGCUGUUUUUGAUGGGUAUCCCGACAUACCGGCGCCAGGAGCCACUCGGCAGCCCGUUUGUUCAGGUGGCGCAGGUGUUGGUCGCAUCAGUGCGGAAGAGACGAGUGGAUGCGACGCACAGUGACUGCAGGUUUUGUUCUGAAGAUUGGAGGGUUGGAGGCCAUGCCAAUGGGCGAAGUGGGUUCAAAACUUUGGCUCGGACAACUCAGUUCAGAUUUUUAGAUAAGGCGAUGAUAGUGGAUAACAUAGAUGCAUCCAGCAAAACCAGGAACCAUUGGAGACUGUGUCCCGUGAAUCAAGUCGAAGAAGUGAAGCUUCUUCUCCGUUUAGUCCCCAUAUGGCUGACCAGCUUGAUGUUUACCAUUGUGUUUGCGCAGAUCAGCACCUACUUCACCAAGCAAGGCAGCACCAUGAUCAGAUCAAUUAAUGGAUCCCGCUUCCAAAUACCCGCCGCAUCACUUCAAGCCAUCAAUGGCAUCACCAUUGUCAUUUUUACUGUAAUCUACGACAGAAUUCUAGUACCAGUUACGAGAAAGAUAACAGGACGCCCUUCUGGGAUAACAAUACUACAGAGAAUGGGCAUUGGUCACUUCAUAUCGAUAUUCACUAUGAUUAUAGCUGGAGUGAUGGAAGCUAAAAGGGUCAGGGUUGCUAGACAACAUGGGCUCAUUGAUUUACCCAAAUCAACUGUUCCAAUGAGGGUCUGGUGGUUACUCCCACAAUACAUCUCAUGUGGAACGUCCUUGGUGUUCACCAUUGUUGGAAUGCAAGAAUUGUUCUAUGACCAAAUUCCAGAAGGGAUGAGAAGCAUGGGGGCAGCUGCGUACAUUAGUACAGUGGGUGUAGGGAGCUUUCUGAGCAGUGCUGUUAUAUCUAUUGUGCAGGCUAUCAGCUCAAGGACGGGUCAUCAAUGGUUGGUGGAUGAUCUUAACCGGGCACACCUUUAUUACUUCUACUGGAUGCUGGCAGGGUUGAGUGCCUUGAAUCUGUGUUUUUUCUUAUGGUUUGCUGAGGGUUUUGAGUACAAGAAGAUUGAAUGGAAUGACCCAAAUGAAGAAAAGAUCAGCCUCAAUGGUUACAGUAAUAAUGGAAGGAGAUGA